ACCUGCAGUAACCGUUCCGGUACUGUUAGAUCCCCUCUCUCUGUGAAUAGUGAACACAGAUAAAGAGAGAGAAAGCGAAAAAGAGCACAGUGAAGAAGAAACGAAUCCACGCCACGUUCCAGAUCUAUACACUACCACUCCUCACUGAUCCUCCAUCAAUGGCUUCGUGACAAGGAAAUCGAACAAUUGUGAUCGGUCCUGGUUUUCAUUUCGUAGAAUCAAUUUUUAUGUGAAUUCGAUUUGAUCUGUGGGAAUCCGAUCUCUCUUUUUUGGUGUUAAAGUUGCAUAUAUGGACGCAGAGGCAUCUCUCGUGAAGAUUGUUCGGAGAAGCAAUUGGAUCAUAUGAGGUAUUCACUUGCUUGUAUUGGUUCUUCUUCAGCUGUCAAUUCAGAUGUACAAUUUUUCCAAUCUUGCUGUAACAAGGAAUUUUCCCUCAGAUUUACACAGGUGAGCAAGGCGAGACUUAAUCCUUUGAUCCAAGAAAGUACUGUUUUGCAUUUCUACAAGCUUGGCAGAGGUGGACACAGGUUAUCAUGGCUGAAGGUGAAGGAGAGGACCGUAUUGAGCUUAAGUUCCGCAUAUUUGAUGGAACAGAUAUAGCACACAGUAAUUACCCACCAUCUACCACAGUGGGUACCCUUAAGCAAAGGGUAAUUGAUGAGUGGCCUCAAGACAAAACAGUUACACCGAAUUCAGUAAAUGACCUAAAACUUAUACAUGCUGGUAAAGUUUUGGCCGAUAGCAACAAAACUCUUGCUGAUUCCAGAAUAACUUUUGGUGACAACCCCACUGGUGCUAUUACCAUGCAUGUUGUAGUACAGCCUCCGGUAGCAAAAAAGAAGACAGAUAAGAAUCAGGAUGGCAAGAAAAAAAUGAAUUCAUGCUCUUGCACUAUCCUUUAGAGUAGGAAGAAUACGUUGUGGCUGCGCUUCAAGAUAAGGUUGCACUUUUCCUACUUUUAACUCUUGGGAUGAUGGUAUAGGCUGUGCGCUAUCCAAUGGCAUUGCAUUGGAUUUUAUCAAAUCGUUGUUGCUUGUUUGCUUCUAUUGUUGUUCAAUUCAUUUUUCUAGUCAUUGUCUUAUGAGUGAAAAUCAUAAAUUAACUUAGCAUUGUAAAACUCCAUCCUCAACAAGUACAAUAAGCAGGCCACAAACCUUGGCCAUGUGUCCCGAUCAGGCGGCCCCAGACAUUUGAUGACUGCACAUAUAUACUUUGAGAAAAUCUCCUAACCCCCCUGUUUCUGUACACAUGAUUGACUUUCUUCAGAAGCACUGAGCGGGUGUACCACACUACUACCAUACUAUAAUUUUUUUGUUGGUACAUACUACCAUAUAUAGUAAACAUACACGUUCAGUUA